AUGUCUUCUCUUCUGAAAGUGGACAAUGACAUUAAGAGCAAUGUUUCUGCAUUUAGAGAUCGCAUCACAGGCGAAGCAGAGGAUUUGGUUGCAAACUUCUUUCCUAAAAAGUUAUUAGAAUUGGACCAUUUUCUAAAAGACCCCUUGUUGAACAUCAUUGAUUUAAAAGAGAUCCAUUCUGAAAUCAGUUUGACUGCCCCUGAGACAGUCUUGCUCUAUAAUGGAUGUGAUGGUCCAGAAAGGCAAAAUGCAAAGAAGCUAAAAUUAGAGGAAGGGUCCAUUGAUGACCCCUUGCAAGGAAGUCAUGUAAGGGAUGGAGAGGGAGUAACUAAUGAUGGACUUUUGAAGAGUAACGAUAAAUUGGUGGAAAUUAUUGAGAAAGUAAAGCCAGAAAUCAGGACACUCAUUGAAAAGUGCAACACAGUUAAAAUGUGGGUUCAGCUGCUGAUUCCCAGAAUAGAAGAUGGAAACAACUUUGGAGUGUCAAUUCAGGAAGAGACAGUUGCAGAACUGAGAGCAGUUGAGGGUGAGGCAGCGUCUUACCUCUACCAGAUCUCAAAAUACUUUAUCACACGAGCCAAACUGGUUUCCAAAAUAGCCAAGUACCCACACGUGGAGGAUUACCAUCGGACAGUAACUGAAAUUGAUGAGAAAGAGUAUAUCAGCCUGAAAAUCAUUGUGUCUGAGCUAAGGAACCAGUAUGUGACUUUACACGACAUGAUACUGAAAAAUAUUGAAAAGAUAAAAAGGCCCCGAAGCAGCAACACUGACACCCUCUACUGA